GGAUUCAGUCCUAGAGGUGGCGGCAGAGGAUUUGGCGACCGCGGAGGCCGUGGUGGUUUUGGAGGACGUGGCAGAGGAGGGUUUGGUGACCGCGGCGGCAGAGGAGGAUUUGGUGACCGUGGCGGCAGAGGAGGAUUUGGUGACCGUGGCGGCAGAGGAGGAUUUGGUGACCGUGGCGGCAGAGGAGGUAGAGGAAGAGGCGGACCUCGUGGAGGAGGUCGCGGGGGAGGAAGAGGCGGAUUCGGCGGUUUCGGAGCAGGAAGGAAGGUAGUGGUGGAACCACAUAGACAUGAAGGAGUGUUCAUCUGCAGAGGGAAGGAGGACGCUCUGGUGACAAAGAAUCUCGUUCCCGGUGAAUCGGUCUACGGGGAGAAGAGGAUGUCUGUGGAGGACGGAGAAACAAAGAUUGAGUACAGAGCCUGGAAUCCAUUCAGAUCGAAGCUGGCAGCUGCCAUCUUGGGUGGCGUGGAUCAGAUCCACAUGAAGCCCGGUUCUAAAGUCUUAUAUCUGGGCGCUGCUUCCGGGACAACGGUAUCCCACGUUUCUGACCUGGUCGGCCCUGAAGGCUUGGUCUAUGCUGUGGAGUUCUCUCACCGAUCGGGCCGCGAUCUAAUCAACGUAGCCAAAAAGCGCACAAACAUCAUCCCUAUAAUUGAGGACGCCAGACACCCCCACAAAUACCGCAUGUUGCUAGGAAUGGUCGAUGUCAUAUUUGCUGAUGUAGCGCAGCCAGAUCAGACCAGAAUUGUCGCCAUAAACGCCCACAAUUUCCUGAAGAAUGGCGGCCAUUUUGUCAUAUCUCUAUAAAGGCAAAUUGCAUCGACUCGACGGCGGCUCCAGAGGCUGUCUUUGCAUCAGAAGUGAAGAAGAUGCAGCAGGAGAACAUGAAGCCCCAGGAGCAGCUGACACUGGAGCCCUACGAGAGGGACCACGCAGUGGUGGUCGGCAUGUACAGGCCUCCCCCGAAACAGAAGAAGUGA